GAGAGGCCAGUCCAGCCUGCCAGGCCCCUCACCAUUGCUAAGGGCCCUUCUCUCUCUGGUGUGGACGCACCUUCGGCCAUAUUGGGCACUUGGGGAAGCUCGGGCUCCCCAUGCCUGGCUCGCAUCCACCCCUGACCCCGCGCUCCCAUCUGCCCAUGUCUGUAGUGCCCCCCUCCCCCGAGCUGGUGAAGAGGGUCCGAGACCUCUACCACAAACGCCUCCCAGAUGUUCGCUUUCUCAUCCCGGUGCUUAAUGGCCUGGAGAAGAAGGAGGUGAUCCAGGCCUUGCCCAAACUCAUCAAAUUGAACCCCAUCGUGGUGAAGGAGGUCUUCAACCGCCUGCUGGGCACUCAGCAUGGGGAAGGGAACUCGGCCGUGUCGCCCCUGAACCCCGGGGAGCUGCUCAUCGCCCUCCACAACAUUGACUCCGUGAAGUGCGACAUGAAGUCCAUCAUCAAGGCCACUAACCUGUGCUUCGCCGAGCGCAACGUGUACACGUCGGAGGUGCUGGCGGUGGUCAUGCAGCAGCUCAUGGAGCAGAGCCCCCUCCCCAUGCUGCUCAUGCGCACCGUCAUCCAGUCCCUCACCAUGUACCCCCGGCUGGGCGGCUUCGUCAUGAACAUCCUGUCCCGGCUCAUCAUGAAGCAGGUGUGGAAGUACCCCAAGGUGUGGGAAGGCUUCAUCAAGUGCUGCCAGCGCACCAAGCCGCAGAGCUUCCAGGUGAUCCUGCAGCUGCCCCCCCAGCAGCUGAGCGCCGUCUUUGACAAGUGCCCGGAGCUCCGGGAGCCCCUCCUGGCCCACGUGCGGUCCUUCACCCCACACCAGCAAGCCCACAUCCCCAACUCCAUCAUGGCCAUCCUGGAAGCCAGCAGCAAGCAGGACUCGGAAGUGAAGGAGGCAGCGCCAGCAGCCCUGGAGGAGGAGGACCUGGAUGCGCCGACCCAGGCCCCGCGGCCGGCCCAGGACCUCAUUGCUCUGCGCCUGGCCCAGGAGAAGGCCCUGAAACGGCAGCUGGAGGAGGAGCAGAAGCUGAAGCCACCUCCUGCGGUGCCCCCCGCCCCCCCGGGCCGCGCAGGCCCCGCCCCCUCGGAGGAGGCCAUGGACUUCCGGGAGGAGGGGGCCGAGGUGGAGGCCCCCGGCAUCUUCAUCAGUAUGGAGGAGGAUGGGGGGCUGAGCGAGGCCACUCUGCUGGACUCGAGCCAGGAGGGGCCCCUACCUGAGAAGGUAGGGCGUUCCCCCCCGUCUCCCCCUCCACAGCCAAAGCAGAAGGAGGAGCCAGCAGGGGUCCCUUCCAAAGAGGAGCGGAGCCCCCGGUCUCCAGGCCCUGCUGCCGGGGAGGAGGCUGCCCCGGUGCCCAGCCCAGAGGAGGAAGGGGGGGAGGAGGCUUCGGAGACCAAGAUGGACAGCUGACGGACCGUGGGGGCGGGGCGGGGCGGGCUGGGUCGCGGGGGAUCUUGGUUUGCAAUAAAGAGGCCUGUCUGG